GCAACCACACAUGGGGAAGACUCGCACGCCCGCCUUCGGAGACAUGUCGACUUCGCUGUUCAUAAAGUCCCUUCGCGACCACCACUCGACGCCCAUCUGCCAGAACACCAACAAGCCGAUCAACAUGUGCGAGUGCCACCGACGCUACCGGAACGCCAACGGGAACGCGGGCGGGAAUGCGGGCGGAUGCGGGCGGGAGUGCCAACGGGAAUGGGGCCGUUCCUACUUCUUCUUCGCGACGCCUUCUUCUUCUUCUUCUUCUUCUUCUCCUUCGUCUACGGCUUCUUCUACUACCUCUUCUCCUCUUCUUCCUCUUCCUCCACCUCGUCCUCUACCUCUCCUCCUCCAACGUCCCGAACGCUCCACCACACACCACCACUCGUCCUCCGCAAGUCGCACCUCCCCGCCCCGACCAGGUCCCCCUCGAGCUGCUUGAACGGCGUCGGCCACAAGCAGGUGCUCAAGGAGAAGCCGGUCGGGAACGAGAGGAACGCCAAGAACGGCCACAGUCCGGCCGCCAACCGCUACAAGAACUACAAGGGCUCGCCCAAGUGGAGGAUGGACGGGAAGCGGCGCUCCACCUCGACGGAGUCCGUGGCUUCGUCGCGGUCGGAGAAAUCGGACAAGGGGAAGGACAAGGAAACGGACAAGGUGAGUACUUCCAACAACCAGCAGCAAAGGCACAGCAGAGGCACAGCAAAGGCACAGCAGAGGCACAGCAAAAGCACAGCAGAGGUACAGCAGCACAGGCAAAGGCACAGCAGAGGCACAGCAAAGGCAGCCAGUAGUCAAAAGGCCCAGCAGAGGCACAGCAAGGCACAGCAGCAGGCACAGCAGCACAGCAACGGCACAGCAGAGGCCCAGCAAAAGGCACAGCAGAGGCACAGGCACAGCAAAACGCACAGCAAAAGGCACAGCAGAGGCACAGCGGCAGCAGCAGAGGCACAGCAAAAGGCACAGCAAGGAGGCACAGCAAAAGGCCCAGCACAGCAAAAGGCCCAGCAAGGCACAGCAGAGGCACAGCAAAAGCCCAGCAAAGGCACAGCAAAGGCCAACAAAAGCCAGCAAAAGGCACAGCAAAAGGCACAGCAAAAAACGGCACAGCAAAAGGCCCCACAGCAAAAGGCACAGCAGAGGUACGGCAUCGGGCCUCAGUCGACCAAGGACAAACACGACGUCCUUAAGCUGAGGUUCUUAGAUGUGGCAAUACCUCGUUACACUACCUACCUCAAUCGGCCAAUUAGUGAACAAACAGUCUUAGGAGUAGCAGUAGAUGAUGUAGACACGCAGCUGUACACAAUAAACACUCAGUCUUCUGUAUAA